CACCUGUAAGAGGCGUUUGCAUCAAUUUUCAAGGCUCCACUGCUACUACUACUACUACUACUACUACUACUACUACUACUACUACUACUACUACUGGUAGCUUAGCCUACUUCUUAACUUUGUACAAUUUAAGGUUAUUCAUCACUGCUUAAAUGUGAAUAAAACUUGAAAAAUCGGGGUGUUCUAAAACGUUUGAUUUGUAAUGUAUCUAUCAAUUUUCAAUAAUCACACACAAGGCCUCUGAAUAGUUGUUUCCUUGUCUAUUUUGACAGGACAUUUGUAUAAACUGUCUCUGUGGGGGUUUGGGGGCGCCGUCCACCACGCUAUCCGUACUGGCGUUGCUUCCCGCCCCUUGGAUCGAACUGUCCAAUAGGAACAGUGGGAACAUGUGGCUCGACCAAUCAGCAACAAGGGAUGAUAGUGAAUUGAAUAGAAGUUCAGUUUUUGAGUUUGGACUAGAUUGAGAGGAGAGACUGAGGAUACAAUGGUGCAUAAGAGUGGAAAAAGUGCAUACAGCCACUCAUAAAUGUUGAUCGUGCUUUUACAGAAAACCGUAACCACGGUAAAAAGCUUGGAUAAGAACUAAAGCCCUCUCAGGUUUGUGUCGGGGAGAGGAGGGUGGCAGGUGUUCAGUGGAAGGAGACGCAUCGCCUCAGUCAGCUCCUCAAACCUCAACAGGGUACCGAGACAUGGACGAGGACACCGGCUAAAACGAAGCAACCUGGGAGAAAAACUCCCGUGAGUACGAACUGACAACGAUAAAACACAUUUUAAGUAGUGGGGUUUUCGGUUUCUUGCCCGGGUGGACUGCUUUUAGGACCGCUGAAGUGUGGAUGAAAAGGCGAAAGGCUCCAGUGUCGCAGUGAGAGUAACGUGACCGCCCCGGUGUAACGGCCGUUGUUCUGUUCACACUCUUACUUUUGUGGCUUUAAUGAACUCCUCUUCAGCAGUGUGUAUACAUCGGGCUUUAAAACAGUUGUUGCUGAGAAACUUGUAAUGCGUUUGUUUUGCUGCUAACCUGUUGUGUCAUUUUCCGUGUAACCCGAGACACGGAGGCAUUACGGCAAGUUGGCGUAUCCUGUAUCCGAGGGAAGCGUCCCCUCCCGUGGGAGCGCUUGGUGAUUUCGACCCGCGACGAUUUAAGGUUAACGGUUAAUUAGGAUAACUAACUAACUUGUGCUCGGAUACCAGAUUGCAGAGCUCUCAGUCACAACACUUGUCUGCCCAGUUUGUGUGCAGACAUAACCAGAACCAGGGCUAUUCGCCGAAUCGAUGACCGAAUUGAUUUUUACAGCACAUGGACAAAAGCACAGAUGGAUAAUCUGAGUGUUUGAUCGAUUCUCUGUUAAUACGACCAGGACAACUAAAUGGUCCGCAGGACAAAUCCUCGAAACGCAUGGAUUGGAGGUCCAUACAGAGAAUAAGCCGACAAGUCUAAAACACACCAACAUGUAUUAAUUCUCGGAGCAGUGCAAAUGAAAAUGAGGUACCGCAGGGCGCAGGAACACCGGGACUCCGCCACAGCAGAUAGAGAUUACCGUGCCGUUAUACCGUGAAGACAGACUAGUGGGGAAAAGUCUUCCUGCUGGUGAGGUGACCCCCAUCCCCUUCCCUCCGCCUCUUGGACAACCGGAGCUGGGAAGUCAGAGCGUGACAGCGGUGAACCCCCAGAGCUCGGAUCUGCGCUUCACCCGGGAAAGCGCGGAGCAGUGCGCAGUGCUGAAUCCGGUUUCUCUCCGCUCGGACUUCUUCGCAGAGAGUUGCAGCAGCAAAGCACAAGCGGACACGGACACUGUUAGGUCCCUCUCCCGCAUUAUGAAACCGGGUAUUUGCUGCUCCGAGGGGUCCCCGGAGCGUGUGUACGGACCCGCAGCAGAGAGACGGCAGCUGAUGAUGAGGACCCGGAGUGGGAGCCGGUGGUGUCUGCCUCUGUUUCUCCUCCUCCUCGGCAGCAGCUGCCACAUGUUGCACGGCCAAGAGGUGGCUCCCUACCUACAAGGGGGUGGACUGGGGCAGCAGGUGGUAUUGGAAGGAAACAGGCUGGUGCUGACCUGCCUGGCUGGAGGCAGCUGGCCUCUGGAGUACCGCUGGACUCUCAACAACAGCAACAUCACUGAGUGGACGCCACAGUACAGGUUGUCUGUCCCGUCUGUGAAGAGGACCGACGCUGGCCUGUAUCAGUGUAUGGUGAGGAACAGGAUGGGAGCAGUAAUACACAAGAGGACAGAGGUGCAGGUGGCCUUUUUGGGGAACUUCUCCGCUGAAGAGCAGAGAAAGACGGUGACUCAGGGCAGAGCAGCUGUCAUCAGCCCGCCGAUCCUCACGUCUUUCCCCCGACCCAUAGUCACAUGGUUCAAAGAUGGACACAAGAUCAUCCCCAACGACCGAAUAGCAAUCACUUUGGACAAUCAGCUGGUUGUCCUGGCAACUACUGCGAUGGACGCAGGACAUUACCAUGCAGAGGCGGUGAACGAGAUGACGGGAGAGAAUAUGACGAGUCCCGCUGUCUACCUGAGCAUCUCAGUUGGCAAGAAGAACCGUGGGUCAACAGCUCCUGAGUCAGAGCUUGCGGCUCCAGCAAUUGUGAUAGGACCCAAAGACACCACAGCGGUGGCAGGGAGCGAGGCUACACUGGAGUGCAUCGCCAACUCCAGACCAGUGGAAGGCCUCUUGGUGUCAUGGAAACGGGAUGGGCGUCAGCUGGCCAGUGGGCGUCGGCUCAUUAUUGCUGCCCCCACCUCUACUGAUACAGGGUUAUAUGUUUGUGAAGCGUUGCUUAGCAACAGCACUGCCAGACCUGUGGAGGCAAGGGCACACCUCACUGUAAUGGAACCACCGUCUCUUUCUGCUGAGCCCAAGAGGAAGAUGUUUGCUGAGCUCGACAGGAAUGUAGAUAUCCCCUGCCUUGCUACAGGUGUGCCCCAGCCCAGGAUAGAGUGGUAUAAAGACACAGUACCUCUUUCCAAACUGGCCAACCCUCGCUACAAGGUCACCACAGCAACCGGGCUGACGGUGCGCAGGGUGCAGCCUGGAGACGGAGGAAUAUUCCAGUGCUUCGCUCGCAACGCUGCUGGAGAGACCCAAACACACACACAACUCCUUGUUUCCAGUGCCGCCCCCACAUUUACACUCCCCCCAUCUGACCAAACAGUAACUGAUGGCAUCACAGCCUUGUUUACCUGUCAGACGAGUGGAGCUCCAAAACCUGCCAUCACCUGGAUCAAAGGAUCACAGGUCUUAGCCAGCGGCUCUGUCCGGGUGCCCAGAUUCACACUCUUGCAGUCAGGUGGUUUGCAGAUUCAGCCAGUCAGCUUCCAAGAUUCAGGGGAAUACACCUGCAUCGCCUCCAACUCAGAGGGAACCAUCAACACCACCGCCACACUCACCAUCUGGAGUCGUACAGUCAUUUCUGUGCCUCCAACAGACCGCCGUGUUAUCAAGGGAACCACCGCUAUUCUGCACUGCAACGCUACACAUGACCCUAGAGUCAAUAUCAGCUUCAAGUGGGAUCGUGGUGGUGUGCCAGUAUUUCCUACCGGUGGGGGCCGUGUCUCUGUGCGCCAGGGCUCCCUCACUAUCGGCCAGACGUGGUCAGGUGACAUUGGGGAUUACACCUGCACUGUGACAUCACAGGCUGGCAACGAUUCUCGCUCUGCACGCCUUGAAGUAAUUGAGCUGCCACACUCCCCUCGUUCCCUGAUGGCCCGUCUCAAUGACUCCGACUCCCGCUCCGUCCUCCUGUCCUGGCUACGCCCCUUCGAUGGGAACUCUCCUCUUCUAUACUACCUGCUGGAGCUAUCUGAGAACAACUCUCCAUGGAAGGUCUACCUGUCGGAGGUCAAUCCUGCAGUGACUGAGGUGUCGGUGGGCGGGCUCACACCUGCCAGGACCUAUCAGUUCAGGCUUUGUGCUGUCAACCAAGUGGGCAGGGGUCAGUACAGUGCAGAGACUCAAAGAUUGAUGCUGAGAGAGGAGGCGCCUAGCGCUCCUCCGAAGAAUAUUGUAGCCAGUGGGCGGACAAACCAGUCCAUCAUGGUCCAGUGGCAGCCUCCACCAGAACCCCAGCUCAAUGGACUACUUCGAGGAUAUGUUCUCAGGUACCGUCUGGCAGGGCUGCCAGGGGACUACCAGGAGAAGAACAUCAGCAGCCCAGAGACCAACUACUGUCUGCUCAAAGAUCUGAUCAUCUGGACACAGUACCAGAUCCAGGUGGCUGCGUACACUGGAGCCGGCCUGGGUGUGUACAGCAGUCCUGUCACCGAGUACACUCUGCAGGGAGUUCCCACUGCACCACCGCAGGAAGUAGAAGUUGUAGCUCUCAACUCGACUACCAUCCGCUUCACAUGGAACCCUCCACCUCAGCAGUUCAUUAACGGCAUUAACCAGGGAUACAAGCUACUGGUGUGGCCGGAGCGGUCUCCGGAGGACGUUACCAUAGUAACCAUCACCCCAGACUAUCCAGGUUCACGCCACACAGGAUUAGUCAGCGGACUCAAGAAAUUCACCUGGUACUUCGGCUCCACCCUCUGCUUCACAACACCUGGAGACGGCCCCCGCAGCCCGCCCACCUUGCUGCAGACACAUGAGGACACACCUGGACCCAUUCGCCUCCUGAGCUUUACUGAAAUCUUAGACACAUCACUCAGAGUCAGCUGGGCAGAGCCUGAAGACAAGAACGGCAUCAUCACUGGCUACGUGUUGUGGUGGCAAGUAUCUGAUGUAGAGUCGAGCCGUCAGGAACGUUCUCUGUCUAACUCAACCCUUCAGUACCAGCUGACUGGUCUCACCUCCACCACAGCGUACACACUACAGGUGGUGGCACUCACCGCCGCAGGGCGGGGAGCGGUCGCCUCCGCCACCAUCUCCACUGGAGUCCCACCAGAACUUCCUGGUGCUCCUUCUAAUUUAGUCAUCUCCAACAUCAGCCCUCGGGCAGCAACACUUCGCUUCCGCCCUGGUUCUGAUGGAAAGACAGCAAUAUCACGAUGGAUUGUUGAAGGACAGGUAGUGAAGGAGGAUGGAAAGGAGGAGGCAUGGAGGGUCAUCUACCAGAAAGAUAACCAGCCCGAUGCGGACACGCUGGAGAUCCCGGACCUCACUCCAUUCACUCAGUACAGGUUCAGAAUGCGGCAGGUGAACGUUGUCGGCUCCAGCCCCCUGAGUGCCCCGUCCAGGCUGAUCCAGACCUUACAGGCGGCCCCUGACACACACCCCUCUAACCUCACCCUGCUGUCUGCUACACAGACCAGCCUGUGCUUCAGCUGGGAGCCUCUUCCAGAGUCCGAGUACAACAGCAGCCCAGAGACUGUGGGGUACCGGCUGCGUGUGUGGAGGACAGAUGGCCAGGGGGACAACAGGACUGAUGAUGUGAAGGGAGCAGGGGCAGCUAGUGAGGCCACAGUAGAGGGUCUGAAUCCCUGGACACAGUACCAGGUUCAGAUACAGAUCUACAACUCCAUAGGAGCUGGACCCUGGAGCAACACUGUCGCUGCACACACCGCAGAAUCCGUUCCAUCUGGACCUCCGGUGAAUGUGACAGCUGAGGCAGUGAGUUCUACCAGGAUCCUGCUCACAUGGGCUUAUCUACCCCACGCCCAGAAGAAUGGCGUCAUACUCGGAUAUAAGGUGUUAUACAGUGAGAAGGAUUCAGAGGGUCCCCCCAGCGUUCAGGUGGCAGAAGGAGAGGGGAGUGUAUCGUUGCUCCUGGGGCUUCUCAAAAAAUACACAGUGUAUGUGCUGCAGGUGCUGGCGUACACACGGAUGGGUGACGGCCCUCUGAGCGACCCCGUAACGCUCCGAACCAGAGAGGAUGUCCCAGGCCCCCCUGUCAGGAUGGUGUUUCCAGAAGUUCGACUGUCAUCAAUCAGGGUGGUUUGGCAGCCACCCACGAACCCCAAUGGCAUCAUAUUAGGCUACCAGAUCUCCUACCGCUUUGACAGCAGAGACCCUCUGCGCUGGACCACAGUGGAGGUGGGCUCCACCGCUCGCCAGUUCACUGUCACAGGACUUUCCCCUGAGCAGCCGUACGUGUUCCGACUCACCGCUCGCACCGCCGUGGGCUGGGGUGAAGAACAGGAAGCCCUGGUUGUCACCACUGAACGCAGAGAGCGUCCACAACCUCCCAGGAAGCUGUCUGCUCCUCAGAAUGGCGUUGAGUCUCGCCAUCUUCGCCUCCAGUGGGUGACGGGCGGCUCAGGGUCUUCUCCCCUGAGGUACUUCACUCUGCAAGUCAAAAGGCUGCCCAAUGGGGAGUGGAAAACACACACCACUGACAUCCCGCACAAUGCGACCAGCUGGACCGUUGACAGGCUGAAGCCUUUCACAUCAUACAAGUUUCGGAUGCUGGCCACCAAUGAUGUAGGAGACAGCGUCCUCAGCAAAGAUACGGAGGCUGUUACAACUCUGCAGGAUGUGCCUGAUGAGCCUCCAGUGAUCCUCGCAGUGAAACCAACCACCACAACUUCAGUCUUGGUGCAGUGGAAGCGUCCCAGAGACGACAGUAUUAAUGGGGUGUUGACUGGAUACCGGCUGUAUUAUAGAGAACUUCGAGUAAACAACUCCACUUUCACAGAAGCAGAUGUCCAGGCAACCAGAAACAACACCACAAGUGCCCUCAUUACAACCAAGAGCACCUUCAAGACAGUCAGCAGUGCCUCACUAACAGAGUUUGAGUUGACACAGCUAAAGAAGUUCAAACGUUACCAGAUUGUUAUGACAAGCUACAACAUCAUCGGAGAGAGCCCACCCUCCGACCCCGUCGAGGUGUCUGUUGGAGAGGCAGCUCCUUCAGUGGCUCCCCAGUCUAUCAGAGUGUCAGCUGUAUCUCCCUCCAUCCUGGAAGUGACCUGGGACAUGCCCCCCCUCGAGACCCAGAAUGGACUCAUCCAGGGAUACAAGAUCCACUACUGGGAGAGGGACCAGCAGAACCAGACUGAGAAGGUGAAGGUGGUUUUUGUUCCAGACACCAGCGUGCAUCUCACCAACCUGACCAGCUACACGCCUUACCUGGUCACACUGACUGCCUUUAACACGGCUGGGGACGGACCACCUAGUGACCCCCGCGGGGCUCGAACCCUGCAGUCUGCUCCCAGCCAGCCCAGCUACCUGUCCUUCUCAGAGGUGACGGGGGGAAGUGUCAAUGUGUCCUGGGGAGCUCCACUCACUCCUAAUGGACAGGUGGAGGGAUACAGGAUCAUCUACCAGCCCACAGCUCCUGUACAAGGAGUGAGUAAAGUUGUGACAGUGGAUGUGAAGGGCAGCUGGCAGCGAUGGCUGAAGGUUCGGGACCUGGUCAAAGGAGCCACAUACACAUUCAGUGUCCAGGCACUCACAGUCAGCUAUGGACCCCCCAUACAGGCAAACAUCACUGCCCAGCCUGUGCAAGGCUCCCCUGGAUCGCCGAUGGAAAUGUCCAUCACCAAGACGUCCUCUUCUCUCAAUAUCCACUGGUCAGAGGGAGACAUCGGUGCAGCACCUGUGACUGGAUAUGUUAUUGAAGCUCGCCCCUCAGAUGAAGGAAUAUGGGAUUCCUUCAUCAGACUCCUUCCUCCCAGCAGUAGGUCUGUUUCAGUGCCACUGGAGCGCCUGAGGCCUGGGAUCAGCUACGAGUUCAGAGUCAUUGCUGUAAAUCGCUAUGGUUACGGACAGCCUAGUACACCCUCCGCUGCUCUUGCUGCGCUGUCGGAGCGUCCCUUCUACGAGGAGUGGUGGUUCCUGCUGGUCAUGGCUCUGGUGGGACUCAUCCUCAUUCUGGUCCUGGUCUUCACACUGCUGCUGCAUGGACACAGCACCAAGUACAAAGCUUGUGGCACAGGGAAGCACGUGUCCACAGCGGAGGAGUCUGUAACUCUGGACAAUGGAGGAUUCACUGCUCUGGAGCUCAACAGCAGAACCAUCAACACCAAGAACUCCUUUCUGAAAAAGAAUGGGACCAGGUCUCCUCCCAGGCCCAGUCCAGGUGGUCUUCACUACUCUGACGAGGACAUCUGUAACAACUAUAAUGGAGCCGUUCACACUGAGAGCACCACACUCACUGAGAAACCCACUGAGGUCUCUGAGUCAGAGUUAACAGACAGUGACUACGAGGACGAGCGGCCGAAGCACUCCUUCGUCAACCACUACAUGAGUGACCCCACCUACUACAACUCCUGGAAGCGGCAACCCAAAGGCCUUAAAGGCAUCGGCACUCCUUUCAGCUACGAUGAAUGUGCUACUGCAGACACAGAGCCCUACUACCAGACCGUGGUCACCCAGCACAACACAGGUGGCGCGUACACACCCACAGGGCAACCUGUGCACACACAUGUCAACCCCAACACCAACCCGCCGGGGUCACGCACUCCUGUGACAGGAUUCUCCUCAUUUGUAUAACUCUAGAGACACAAUCUGCACAAGUUGAUAUACAAACACAAAAUGAAGGAGGGGGCCCGUGUGUGUCUGAACUAAAGGAGGAGGAGCCAGAGGAGGAGGAGAUGAGGAGACGUGGGACAGAUGCCCCAAAAGCAUUAAACCUACACUUCUUACUCACCUUCUCCCCUUGUUCACAAAGAUCCUCACUGUGUUGAUGAGCGUGUGUGCUGUCCUACUCUUUUACACCUCCGUGUCACUGUGCGCACACACACGGUUACUGUUCUUGUUUCCACACAUUCACACCGGCAUAACACCAGAUAUUGCUGCCUAUUCAUGAGACUCUCCAACAAGAGCUGAGAACUCGACGAGUCGGUCUGUGUAAAUGUCGAGGAGGGAAUUCAACCUGGAACUGGAGUUCCAGUGGAGUUUCUGCACAACGCUUCUUCUGUUUUCUGUAUUUACACACAAGUGCACAAAUACACACACAUGCAUUCUCUGAUGCGCCAUUUCAGUAUCUGCCACUGGGAGGAGCAACUUCAAGGAUGAGGAGAAUUAUUAAAAGACAGCGCUGGAGGGGGGCGUCUUCUAGUUCAUGUACACAGACACGGGGCUGUCGGCUUUAAAAGACCACCACACCAAGGAAAAGAAAAAGUAACAAUCGAUAAUCACCGUUUUUGAACUUGAUAAAGGACGGACUCUCAGUGAGAGUGUUGGUUUCUGAGAACAAGGUGUGAUGUUGGCAUUUGGGUUGAAAUGUAUGAAAACCAUGUUUUUUACCAUCUACUGCCUGUGUCAGCUCCUUCUACCACAGCCUCCCAAGCCAUACUGCUUGCACUGAGCCCAACCCCACACAUUUUAUCUUUUUGUUUAACUUUUUAUAAGUUUGAGCAUAUGUGUGUCUGAGUGUGGCAUGUGCGUGUACACACAUGCGUGUAUAAAUGGCUCUGUGCUCAGUUUAUAAGUCUUUUCAACUGUCACUGUUGUUCACAGCUAAGUAGAGUGUGCCAUUGUACCCAUGUUUGUAUUUUUAAGAAGGAUUUUGUACCAGGAGACCCUUUUUACUUGUGUGCUAUUGUAUGAAGUUCAACCCUGUUUGGUACCAGAGAGAGUUAAGAGCUACACUGAUGGUUUAACAGGAAA